UGCCUGCUGACACAACACCAUGACGACGAACCCAAACCCAAGGGGACAACAAAAGCAGCUACAAUAGGUACUUUGGUUUUCAAAGGCUCGAUGUCUCUCAUGAACACCGAUAGUUGGGCAACUCGCGAUGCCUCGAAAGAAGGGAUGACUGCCAUGCACAUGAUCAAAGAAGGAACUGAAGGAAUUAGGGGUUCAAAAGCCGGCCAGAGCGUGAUACAGAGCCCGUCAAUGACACCAGGCUUCAAGAGGCAUGGGCGUUUUCGACAUCUGCCCUUUGGUUCUUCGUACGAGGUUCCACUUGGCAGCUACGUGAAUGGCAACCUGGCAGCAACAUCGGUACCUACCACUAAACUUCUUCAUACAAUCCGCCCUUCCAUGCUCGUCUUAUAUCCACCUGUUAUUUAG